AUGGCGGAGAAGCUGAGGGAUUUGAGCCAGCCGAUCGAUGUCCCGCUCCUUGAUGCCACUGUGGCGGCGUUCUAUGGCACGGGAUCUAAGGAGGAGAGGACAGCUGCAGAUCAGAUACUGCGGGAGCUGCAGAACAACCCAGAUAUGUGGCUACAAGUGGUUCACAUUCUACAGAACUCGCAGAACUUGAACACAAAGUUCUUUGCACUCCAAGUACUAGAAAGUGUCAUCAAGUAUAGAUGGAAUGCUUUGCCAGUCGAACAACGAGAUGGGAUAAAAAAUUACAUAUCCGAUGUUAUUGUACAGCUUUCUAGCAAUGAACUCUCUUUCCGGCGUGAGAGGCUAUAUGUCAAUAAGCUCAAUAUUAUACUGGUGCAGGUUGUGAAGCAUGAGUGGCCAGCAAGAUGGCGAACCUUCAUUCCUGAUCUUGUUGCUGCAGCAAAGACUAGUGAGACAAUCUGUGAAAAUUGCAUGGCCAUAUUGAAGCUUCUGAGUGAAGAAGUUUUUGAUUUUUCAAGAGGAGAGAUGACCCAGCAAAAAAUAAAAGAACUCAAACAGUCGUUAAAUAGCGAGUUUCAACUCAUCCAUGAGUUAUGCUUAUAUGUGCUAUCGGCAUCACAAAGAACAGAGCUUAUACGGGCUACUUUGGCAACGCUUCAUGCCUUUUUAUCAUGGAUUCCUCUGGGCUAUAUCUUUGAAUCUCCACUGCUGGAGACGCUUUUGAAAUUCUUUCCAGUGGCAUCGUAUCGGAAUCUGACACUUCAGUGUUUAACAGAGGUUGCAGCUUUGCAGUUUGGUGACUUUUAUGACAUGCAGUAUGUCAAGAUGUACACUAUCUUCAUGAUGCAAUUACAGACUAUUCUCCCACCUGGAACAAAUAUCCCGGAUGCUUAUGCAAAUGGUUCGAGUGAAGAGCAGGCGUUUAUUCAAAACCUUGCACUGUUUUUCACCUCAUUUUACAAGUCUCACAUACGGGUAUUGGAAUCUACCCCUGAGAAUAGAGCUGCAUUGCUAUUGGGUCUUGAGUAUCUUAUUGGUAUCUCAUAUGUUGAUGACACUGAGGUUUUCAAGGUUUGCUUGGACUACUGGAACGUUCUAGUCCUAGAUCUAUUUGAAGCACAUCACAAUAUGGACAAUCCUUCAGCUACUGCAAGCAUGAUGGGACUUCAGACUCCAUUGGUCCCGGGGAUGGCUGAUGGUCUUGGUUCACCACUUCUACAAAGACGGCAGCUUUAUUCAGGUCCCUUGUCAAAGCUAAGAAUGCUCAUGAUUUGUCGUAUGGCAAAGCCUGAGGAGGUUUUGAUUGUUGAAGAUGAAAAUGGGAACAUUGUUCGUGAAACUAUGAAAGACAAUGAUGUCCUUGUCCAGUAUAAGAUCAUGAGGGAAACUUUGAUCUAUCUGUCACACCUUGAUCAUGAGGAUACAGAACAGCAGAUGUUGAAGAAGUUGAGUAAACAAUUAAGCGGGGAGGAUUGGAGUUGGAAUAACUUAAAUACUUUAUGUUGGGCUAUUGGAUCAAUAUCUGGUUCUAUGAUGGAGGAACAGGAAAAUAGGUUUCUAGUAAUGGUCAUCCGUGAUUUGUUGAAUCUUUGCGAAAUCACAAAGGGAAAAGAUAAUAAAGCUGUUAUUGCAAGCAACAUCAUGUAUGUAGUGGGACAGUACCCAAGGUUUCUUAGGGCUCACUGGAAGUUUCUGAAAACAGUCGUGAAUAAAUUGUUUGAGUUUAUGCAUGAAACACAUCCAGGAGUUCAGGACAUGGCAUGCGAUACUUUCCUGAAAAUUGUUCAAAAGUGUAAGCGUAAAUUUGUAAUUACACAGGUAGGCGAGAAUGAGCCAUUUGUAUCUGAACUUUUAUCGAACCUUCCAAGCACAGUUGCAGAUCUUGAGCCUCAUCAGAUUCACACAUUCUAUGAAUCGGUUGGUCAUAUGAUUCAAGCAGAAUCUGAUCCUGCUAAACGGGAUGAGUAUCUUAAAAGGUUAAUGGACCUUCCAAAUCAGAAAUGGGCUGAAAUCAUUGGACAGGCAAGCCAAAGUGUUGCCAUCCUGAAGGAUCAAGAUAUCAUAAGGACUGUUCUUAAUAUAUUGCAGACAAACACUAGCGUUGCUAGUUCACUUGGAACAUAUUUCUUUCCACAAAUAUCAUUGAUAUUUCUGGACAUGCUUACUGUAUACAGAAUGUACAGUGAACUUAUAUCUAAUACCAUUUCUGAAGGAGGGCCCUUCGCUUCAAGAACAUCUUAUGUAAAACUUUUACGAUCUGUGAAGCGGGAGACCCUCAAGCUAAUUGAGACAUUCUUAGACAAGGCUGAAGAUCAACCACAUAUUGGGAAGCAGUUUGUUCCGCCAAUGAUGGAUCCUGUUCUUGGUGACUACGCUAGAAAUGUGCCUGAUGCUAGGGAAUCAGAAGUCUUAUCACUUUUUGCUACCAUUAUAAACAAAUAUAAAGGUGUUAUGAUGGAGGAUGUGCCUCGCAUAUUUGAAGCUGUUUUUCAAUGCACUCUUGAGAUGAUUACUAAGAACUUUGAGGAUUAUCCAGAGCAUCGUCUUAAGUUCUUCAGUUUACUGCGUGCAAUUGGUACCCAUUGUUUUCAAGCUUUAAUUCAGCUGUCAAGUCAGCAAUUGAAACUUGUCAUGGAUUCCAUCAUCUGGGCUUUUCGGCAUACUGAAAGGAAUAUUGCAGAGACUGGUCUAAGUCUUCUGUUAGAGUUGCUGAAGAACUUCCAGAUUUCGGAAUUCUGCAAUCAAUUCUAUAGAACUUACUAUUUAACAAUCGAGCAAGAGAUUUUUGCGGUCUUGACGGACACAUUUCACAAGCCAGGCUUCAAGUUGCAUGUUUUAGUGCUUCAGCAUUUGUUUUGCCUAGUGGAUUCUGGUUCACUAACUGAGCCCCUGUGGGAUGCUGCUACGGUACCUUAUCCAUACCCAAAUAAUACAGUGUUUGUGCGUGAUUACACCAUAAAACUUUUGGGAUCGUCAUUUCCAAACAUGACAGCAGCAGAGGUGACUCAAUUUGUUGAUGGAUUGUUUGAAUCAAGAAACGAUCUUCCUACAUUUAAGAACCACAUACGGGACUUUCUUGUGCAAUCAAAAGAGUUUUCAGCUCAGGACAACAAGGAUCUUUAUGCCGAGGAGGCUGCAGCCCAGAGAGAGAGGGAGCGCCAACGGAUGCUCUCCAUCCCUGGGCUUAUCGCCCCAAGUGAGUUGCAGGAUGAGAUGGUAGACUCGUAGUGUUUGAUGACAUGCGGUGCUAAUUCCACAGUUUUUCUUUCUCCGGCCUUCUAAUUCCAAGGGGUGCUUCACAUCAUUUGCCAAAGUUUAUGGAGUGAUUGGAGAAGUGCCUGCUUUUUAUUUUCAUUUUUCUCCUGCUGCUGAUUUUUCUAAAUUUGACCGGAAGAUGGUGAAAGGCAACCGGUCUGUCGCAAGAGUUGUUUGGACUGCUGGUGAUACUUGAGAGGUUGUGGGAUGUCUGGUUGAAGUAGCAGCAGCUCUUGUGCAGGAUGUAUUUUGCUGAUACAGUGGUGUUGGUGAUGUGUGCUUGAUCCAACCAGAUUAUAUUUAGAGCAUACGAUGUUUUUAUCCUUGCACCUACGGAGCAAGUUUCAGGUAGCACUGCUGAUACUGCCCAUCUUAGAAUGAACAAUUGCCUGCUUAUUAUUGUAUUCCAACCUGUGCGCGCUUUGUGAUACAAGUGCUUGUUCUGUUUGAACUGUACGUAUUCGUGUAACUUGAUUGCGGAACAAGCUGAUUCUUUUUAUCCUAUUCUUUUCCUUUA